GCUAGCGACAGUGAAAGAGGAAAACGCGUGUGUUAAAGUGUUCCUGAGUGAAUCGAUAAUUCUCUGGACUUGACCCGGCCACGGACCCUGGAAAUAGAAAAUGGAAGGUGUAGAACUGGACAGAUCUCUCUAUGACCUCGGUGAGACUGACCUUAAGGACUUCUGGGGCUCAGAGUCAUUAGACUCGAGUAUAGAAGGGAUGAGUAUGAUUACGAAACAAUACUGGCAGACCAUACUAGACAACCAGUCUAUCAUACUUCACGAUCGAAUGAUGACGGACGCUGUUCAAUCACCCAGGAUCCAAUCAGAGCACAGCUAUUCUCUAUCAGUCUCAGAUGAUCUUCCGGAUUCUCCCCUUAGUAUCACUCCACACAUGAAGCUGGACGAUUAUGGUAAAGAUCUGGAAUCAGAGUGUUUCCCGGCAAUCCCGAUGUCCACGGCAACUGGACAAACAGAAUUUUCCAGUGUCAUCACAAUCAAACAAGAACCUUCCUCUCCACCACCGAGGACUCCCAGUCCACUGCCUACCCUCAUGACCUCGGUCACUGACUUGCUAACCACGGCUACUUUAUCACCAGCAACCUCAAGCUCAAGUCAACAAAGUUUGUUGAGACAGCCAGCCAUUGUGUUGGCAUCCCGGUUAAAAUCAACAGCUGACACCUAUAAUGACUACCACUUAGUAAUUCCUAAACUAAACAUUAAGCUGGAAUCUGCAGCCACCUCCCAAAGAUUUCCCUUACCACCAACACCACCAUCAUGUAAUAGCAGCGAUUCUGAAGGCAGUGUUUCGCCAGUUCAUAAUCUUACCAUGCCUACAUCUUCUCAUACAUUCACGCUAGGUGGCGUCACCUGCUCCACUUCAUCCACUAGGAAAAGUCCAUUUAAUCCUAAAGUUCUACUGCCAUCUGGAAUCGGGAGGAAUUUAAGUAACUCCUCUUUAAUUAGCUAUCAACCGAAAGGGGCAACAGGUGUCUUAAAUCUUACGGAAGAGGAAAAGCGCACUCUAGUGGCGGAGGGUUAUCCUAUUCCUCAGCGAUUGCCUUUAACAAAAGGAGAAGAAAGGUCGUUAAAAAAGAUCCGCCGGAAAAUAAAGAAUAAGAUAUCGGCUCAGGAAAGUAGAAGAAAGAAAAAAGAAUACGUGGAUGCGUUAGAAAAAAGAGUGGAGAAAUUAACAAGUGAAAACAGUGAUUUCAAGAAAAUUGUAGAUUCUUUGGAAAACAACAACAAGUCAUUAAUUUCUCAACUUCAGAAGCUUAAAGCUUUGGUUGGCGAAGAGUGUACUUCGGAAAGCAGGACAGUAGCAAUUCAAGCUUCUGAACUGAAUUGCCCAAUGGACACUUCAUUGAACGAGCUGGACUUCAUGGAAGUAAAUAACGCUUUAAAAAGAUAGUUCCCAACAGCCAUUUUGUAUGUACAAACUAUCAGAGACGGGGACCUUUGCUUUUCAUGAUGUUUUUUUUUUAGUCUUCAUAAUUAAGGAAAUUCCAUAUCAACACAUCACUCUCCCUCUACCACAAGUCUUUCUUCACUGUGGUUUACCAGUUCUUCAUCCUUUUAACCAACUGAAAAACGCAAAGAAAACUUUUCUCGACACCGAGACACGAGGUCCCCGACCAGUUCUAAAAUCUCUUUCUCAUUACACGUGUACUUGAAAGAUUUAUUCCUUUCCUUCCAUCAUCAAUUCCAAUACAUAGAACUCAUCCAGCUUCAACCAUCUACCAUAAGUUUUCAGUUCGGGUGAUGCUGUAGCUUCAUCUUGCUGAAAGAUAAAAACACAAUUGAAAAGAAAACCUUACCUAACGGAAGAUUUAAGAAGUAUAAGAAAGAAGACCAGCUAAGCAACAUACAGCUGAAAAGAACAGUCUUCCUUGCAUCUUUUCUAAAUAUAUAAAUAUAUUAGUAAUCCUAAUUCUUGUCACUUUUUCACUACAUUUUUAAUCACUGGUAUGAUGCUAAACUAAAUUAACAAAUAUCCUAUUAAUGAUUUAAAAUAAUUGUUAGCUAUGAGAAUGGUUGAUUAUCAUAAUGUUUAUUUUAGCAAAAAUAACCGAAAUAAAAUCCAUAUAUCGUUUAUAUAUUUAUAGCAAAAGAUCCCACGAAAUUAACAUACAAUUAACCUCAAGCCAAGCUUGUUUGUUUGCUCGUUUUUCUAGGUUAUUGUCAAACUUUAAACUAGUAAGUUUCAAGUUGUUGGUUAGACUUGACAUAUCUUCUAAAGUGUGAAAUGCCUGUAUGAUACAGAAUCACAACAUGUUGGUUAGACUUGACAUAUCUCCCAAAGUGUCAAAUGCCUGUAUGAUACAGAAUCACAACAUGUUGGUUAGAGUUGACAUAUCUCCCAAAGUAUGAAAUGCCUGUGUGACACAGAAUCACAACAUGUUGGUUAGAUUUGACAUAUCUCCUAAAGUGUGAAAUGCCUGUAUGAUACAGAAUCACGUGUUGGUUAGACUUGAAAUAUCUCCCAAAGUAUGAAAUGCCUGUGUGACACAGAAUCACAACAUAAAGGUAGGGAAUGAAUUUCAAGAACGGGUUUGGUAAACUUUAGAACCGAUUCGUGUAUUUAAUAUAAGAUGUUGAUUAGAAAGAGAGCGUGCACCAGUCUUUGAUGGGUUUUAGAAAAGUACUUAUGCUUUGUUUUCAUAAUUUCAAACUCACUCAGUUGUACCUGUAACAGUGCAAAUUAUGUGUCGUUGUACCAUCGUAUUUCAUUGGCUAAACCUUAGGCGUAUUUUCAUAAUACGUUCAUGGUGAACGUUUCAUAGGAAAAGAUAAAUAUUAUGUUUUAAUAAAUGUUUUUCAAACUUAUCGUGAUCUUGAAAUAUGUAAGUGGCUAAAUGGCUACAUAUUUCUUGCUGAUGUUUAUUUGUUUAUUUCAGAGCAUUAGUUCAAAUGGCAGCAGAUGGCGCCACAUGAAUAUAUAUUUUUUUAUUAUUUUGUUUUAAUACAAAGUGCAAAGCCACAUUGGACUAUCUGCUGUGUUUACCGUUGGGAAUCGAACCCCGGAUUUCAGCGUUGUAAGUCCGUAAACUUACCGCUGUCCCACCGGGGGACUUUGCAGUGUCUACCCAACCAUUUUCGCGCCUUCUCCGUUUAAAGAUAUGUUUUUAGCCAUUCCCUGAAACCGACUGAUAAAGACAAAUAUGUUUACUGUCUUUGGUUGGAAGUUGGAUUUGUAGUUGAGAUCAGUUCCUUUCGUUACACUGUCGGCGCUAAUCUAUAAGCAUGCUGUAUUUAAAUUUGGUUAAACGUCUUAUCUUUGUGUUUAUUUAGUUAUGGGAAGAAGGUCCGGUUAUUUAUCAAAUACGAACCAUAACAUAAAUGAAUCGUGUUCAAGGUUUGUUGUCAGAGGCGGUAACUUCGGUGUAAAUAUAUUGUAUUUCAUUAUGUAAUAUCUCGAUAUUCCAUUGACUUCUCUGGAUGCGUUAUAUCCUAUUCCAGAUUCGAAGGUUUAUCCCAGAAUAACUAGUCUUUUCGCACCUUUUUUUUUUUCAUUGGUAAUUUACAGUGAGGACCAAAAUAGAAUAUUGUUUUAAAAUAAAUCGCAUAUUUAUGUAUAGAUCGUUUUGAUGUUGUUGUUGUUUGUUUUUUCUAUAGAAUAGGGUUAAUAUUAGGUUCUGGCGUUAUGAAAAUUAUUUUGUACUGACUUUAGUUGCAGAUUGGCACUCGUAUGCCUUUACCAAAGCAUUUAACUAUAAUUAAUUCCAAUCUGGAAGAGGAUAUUUUCGCUUGUCAUUUUCUAUUUUGACCACUAGGUGGAAGCUGAAAUGUAAGUAGACAUAGUUUGUCUGAAUAUAUAUAAUAUUUUUAAUUAAAAGGUGAGCGAUUUUUUUUUUUUUCGCCACCAGCUGGCAUCGCAUGUAAGACUAAAAUAAUCGUUAUUAACUUAUUUCUUAUUUUAUGGUGACAGAAAAUAUUAAGAUUUAUUUGUUUAUAGAUUCUAUUUUCUCUAUUUAACGAUUUACAAUAAAAAAUAAAUAUGGUAUUAGCUCUACAGAAAUGUAUAUCAAGAAAAACGUCCAGUUAUAUUCUGAGUUGAGGGUUUUAGAUAUUUAUUCAUUAGUUUUUAUCUACGCUUUCUGCAACCAUGAGUGACAGAAUGCCUUUAUAAUACGUCAUCAUGUAAUGUAAAUAUUUCAUUUAGUUUUACUUCAUGCUGUUAAUAACAGAUGAACAGUAUAAACACCAAUAUAUAUGUGUGUGUAAUAUGUCAGAAAUAAAGCAAUUUCUUUUAAUAUGGAUGGUAUCUGUAGAAUAAAACGAAAUUCAAUUAAAACCAUAUGACACUUUCACUCAUUCUUCAAAACAUAUCCUCCCCAUACAGCCAGAACUUGGUGUGAACCAAAAUAUUUUUACAUCACAGAAAAGUAGACAUUUGGAUGAUGAUAAACUUCAAAGAAAGGCUCCUACUACCGUAAUGAUCCGUUUUGUUGCAUUUUUGUAAAUUUCUUAAUUUUUGUUUAAAGACAGCCGGCGAGUCCUUUACAGUUGUCGAUAUAUCGUAGUUUGCAAGCACUUAAAUGCAGUGAAGUAAAACUCUGUUUUAUAGAGCUGACACAGUUUUUUCUGCUUUGACUCCUACAAGUCUUGUACGUUGAUUAAGACCUAUAGCACUUUUCGUAAAAUACAUUCCAUAUAGUAAAGUUAAAUUUUUUAUGUCAUUUGAUGUUCAAGUUAUACCAUCUCAAACAGAAACUAAAUCACUAAAAGUCAGAACAACCAGCUAUAUUUUUUAUGUCAUUU